AGUCGCAUCGCGAGCAUGCGGUCGAAACUUUGUGGUUGGUUGGCGAACGUCGAGCUGUCCUCCCUCGCCGCCGCAGCGCCAUCCCACUCCAGGCGGCAACAGAACAUGCCCGGCUGGACCCAAUAACUGACAAUGGCACUACGAUACCUGCGCCAGCUCUAUUCUCUGGAUGCCCUGGACACCCGCUUCGUCGUGCCCGCCAAUGCCCCGCCAAAGGAGGCCCUCGAGCUCACCGAGCUGGACCCUGCGCAAUCGCUGCCUGUUAGGAAUGGUCAAGUCAAGAGCAGGCACUCGGUAGAGGAUGUGCAGCCUUCAAAAUGGCACACACUCGAGUUCAAGACCUAUCUCGUGCUCGUCAGCCUCUGUGUCUUUUUCAUGAUCAAAGCAGUCGUAGACGUGUCUAAAGAAUCGCAUCCAAACUAUUCAAAAUUUGAACACUUGCUAUCCGACGGCUGGAUACCUGGCCGCAAAGUGGACAAUACGGAUCUCCAAUACUCCAGCUUCAGAUCAAACAUCAUUCCUCUCUUCUUCGUAGUGCUUCUACAUCCCGUACUCCGAACGCUUUACGAUGGUUUCUGGAGAGCAGGCACGUACACGCAGGUCGGGUCCUCCAGUGCCAAUGGCCUGACGAUGGGCCUCAGCCCAUCUGCUGCAGCGGAUGCGCGUAUGAACCAAAGAAUCUCUUUCGACGUGCCAUUCACCGUUCUCUUCAUCGCAGCCCUCCAUGGAUUCUCCGCAUUCAAGAUUGUAGCAAUCCUAUACUUGAACUACUGCAUCGCCACAAAGCUUCCUCGGCCCUAUGUUCCCGCCGCAACCUGGAUAUUCGGAGUAGGCAUCCUCUUCGCCAAUGAGUUUGGCAAAGGCUACUCCUAUGCCGCCAUUCUGGGCACAUUUCUCCCUUCGUCCCGUACGUCCGAGAAAGAGCAGCCGGCAACCAACUUCGGUCACACGCUCGACAGCUUCGGCGGUCUCAUCCCCCGUUGGGAAGUCCUCUUCAACUUCACCGUCCUGCGCCUCAUCAGCUUCAACAUGGACUACUACUGGAGCAACGCCUCGCCCAGCACCAGCUCUCUCGAGAAACAGCUCGACCCCGCCAACCUCUCCGAGCGCGACCGCGUCGCCCUCGCCGCAAAACCCGCAGACUACUCAUUCCGCACCUACUUCGCCUACACGCUGUACUCCCCGCUCUACCUGGCGGGCCCCAUCCUCACCUUCAACGACUACGUCUCCCAACUGCGGUACCGGCCCCACAGCAUCACGCCCAAACGCACCGCGCUCUACGCCGCGCGCUUCGUCAUCUGCCUCCUCAACAUGGAAAUAAUGAUCCACUUCAUGUACAUGGUCGCCAUCUUCCACGCGCGGCCCGAUUUCACGGCCUACACGCCCACCCAGCUCAGCAUGCUGGGUUUCUUCAAUCUCAAGCACAUCUGGCUGAAGCUCCUGCUCCCCUGGCGCUUUUUCCGCCUGUGGAGCUUGCUGGAUGGCAUCGACCCCCCGGAGAACAUGGUGCGCUGCAUGAGCGACAACUACGCCGUCACGCACUUCUGGCGCGGCUGGCACCGGUCCUUCAACAAGUGGGCUUUGCGCUAUUUGUUUAUCCCCAUGGGCGGCAGCGCGGGGCCGGGGGUAGCGGGACAGGUGAGGAGUGUGGUGAACAAGUUGGUCGUGUUCAGCUUCAUUGCGAUUUGGCAUGACAUUCAGUUGCGGCUGCUGAUGUGGGGGUGGCUGGUCACGCUAUUUGUGCUGCCGGAGGUCGUCGCGGGCUACAUUUUCCCGGCGCGGAAGUGGAAGGAUAGACCGGAUGCAUAUCGCUACCUCUGCGGUGUUGGUGCCGUGGGCGAGAUUCUGCUGCUGAUGGUGGCAAACCUGGUGGGGUUUGCGCUGGGGCUGGACGGCCUGAAGGACUUGGUGAGCGGGAUAUUUAGUACGUGGUCUGGGCUUGGUUUCUUGGGCGUCGCGUGCGUGGCGUUGUUCAUGGGGGUGCAGAUCAUGUUUGAGUGGAGGGAGUCGGAGAAGAGGAGGGGAAUCAAGAUGAAGUGUUGAGCAGGAGUGGUCACGUGCUGGGCGUGUCAUGUGGAUAAUAUCGUAGG